AUGCCGGAAGAACAUACAUCACUCGCAUCAUCAACUCUAUCCGCAUCUCCCCAUCAGCAAUAUCAACCGCAUCAUCAGCAACCAUCCAUCUUACCUGUUCCACCUCCAGCUCGACAAGCGUCAGCUCCCACCGGCUUCUAUAUGUCUGGUGAAUACCCUCAGAUGAGCGGUCAUCCUCCCGAUAUGGGCUAUCAUACUCAUUCCGGAUACUACGACCCGGCAUACCCUCCUCCCGGUCUCUACGCCGACCCCUCUCUCGCCUCGGGAUAUCCUCCUCCUCCCAUCUCGGCUCAUGUGCUCGGUCAGCUGUACGACGCACAGCAGCAGCCUACCGGUCAUCUCCCGCCUGUCUCGUCCUCCCCACCACCUACGGUCCCACAAUACGUCCCACCUCCUCAGCAUCAAAUGGCCCCGGACCCUAUUCACACCCAAGCAACGCAGAACCAAGCGCACCAGGCGAGCGGCUGGGGAUGGCGUCCACCUCCGCAGUUCCUGCCUCCUCACGGUCCGUCCUAUCCCGGUCAAGCGUACGGUCCGCCGCUCAGAGUCCCGCCCAUACCGAAUGAGGCUGGAUCGGAGGGACGCUCAUCGGCGAGGGGAUCGAUGAGCACGCCGCCGGGGAUGAUGAGGCGGUAUGAGAUAGGGGAGAGGGGACCAGGCGGUAUGGGUGGACGAGAUAGAAGGCGGAGGGAUAGAGACGAAGAUAGAGAUGGUGGGGAGGACGAGGUCAUCAGUACGAUCUUUGUGGUGGGAUUUCCGGACGAUAUGACGGAACGGGAGUUCCAGAACAUCUUCACCUUUGCACCCGGCUUCGAAGCUGCUACUCUCAAGUUCCCCUCCGGCUCUCGCACCCGCGAACCUACCGCCGCACUUCUUGCCGAGCUAUCACAUCUGGCGGUGCUGCGUGACUCGUCGCGGACCCGCGAGACGUCGGAGGAGCAUCAACAACAGAUGGCGCAGCACCAAGCCGGACUCGAGGAGGCACUUGCCGCGCUUCAGAUGGCAGCGGGCGGGACGGCUAGUACAAGCACCUCGACCACACCCUCUGGCGCUAUAUCCCUCACGCCCGCGGUUCCCUCCGCUCCUACCCUCGGCGGUAUUGCCGCUAUCCCAACGCGUCGGCAGAUAAUCGGGUUUGCGCGGUUCAAGACUCGAGCGGAUGCGCUUCAGGCGCGGGAGCAGCUACAGGGUCGCAAGAUCGACACCUUGACUGGUGCUUCGCUCAAAGCGGAGAUGGCCAAGAAGAAUCUGCAUACCAAGCGGGCGACGAGUGGAGAGGAGCUGGUGGGAUUGCUGCUCAGGAGUGGGAGGCUGGCAGGGCUGGUUAAUGGGGUUGGUGGGGAUUGCGCAGGAAGCUCCAGGGAUGCCCUCCAGGGGAGGGAUGGAUCCAGAGGGGGCAUGGGAGGAUAUAGGGAGCAGCAGGCGAUGUCCGCACCCAGCGCAAAGGAGGCGUGGGACAACUGGCCACUACCACCUCAUAUGGCAACUCCGGCGCAUCCACCCCUUCAACAACCCGGCGGUCCCGACUCCGGCCGGACUCGACAAAGUACGUCCGAGGACCAACUCCUCGAUCGAUACCCAUCCUCACUUCCCUCUCCUUAUCUCCAUGCGCCAGGCUCCGCUCCCGGCGGACCCAACUCAUUCCCUCCCGGCGCCUCUACAAAUCGUCCUCCUCCAUCGGGCGUCCCCUUUGAUCCUACGGCUCACCCCUCCUACCACCCUGCCGAUCUCGCCAACCCCACGUCUCCUCCCUCUUCUGCUCGAUCCCCGAUCCAGCCAAUCCGGCCGUCCUUCUCCGGUCCAUCUCACCCAGUAGGGGACAGCAAGGCCCUCCUUGCGCUCGCUGAAGAAGCGGACGAGCUCGAGCUCGAGAUGGAGCUGAUGACCGUGGGAGAGGAGGGUACUGGAGAUGGCGGGCUGGAGUAUCGACUGAGGCAAGCUGGAAGGGGUAGCAUGGGAGGAGGAUAUGGCGGGUUUGGAUAUGCUAUGCCGGGAAUGGGCGGAGGGGGUCGAGGGGAGAUGCUGCCGACGAGUCCGACGGGGACGAGCGAGGCGUUGAGCGAUGCGGGAAGGAGUAUGGGCAAUCCAUCGGAUCAGAACCCUCCGAUCAAUACCCUCUACAUCGGCAACCUGCCCGCCAUCUCCCCUCCGACCCAUCCCCCAAACUUCCUCGAAGAAUCUCUCCGCUCCCUCUUUGCUCGCCUACCCGGCUUCAAGCGCAUGAGCUUCAGGCAGAAGAUCAAUGGACCGAUGUGCUUUGUCGAGUUUGAGGAUGUGGGGUAUGCUACGUUGGCUAUCAAGGAGAACGGCCUCGUCAAAGGCGGUAUCCGUCUAUCCUACUCCAAGAACUCCCUCGGUCAGCGUGGCCAGUCUCAGCCACAAGGCCUAGGCUCGUCCAUGUUCGGCGGUAUCGCCCACAACGUCGCUAUGGCCGGCAUGUCCCCCUCCCCCACGACUACCACCGACCCAUCCAAUCAUCGUACCGACUCUGUCAACUCUCCCUCCUUCUCCUCACUCGGUCUCUCCUCUUCAAGAGCCAACGACGGGACCACUCUCUCACCCACCGCACAGCCGUUCAUGAUCCCCACCCCGUCCUUAUCCUCGGGAUCCGCAUCGAACCAAGCUACAUCGCCUCGAUCUCGUUACUUUGGCGGGUCGGAGCCACGUUCUCCGGGCAGCAAUUUUGCACCCGGAUCUAUCCAGUCGAAUAUUGGCGGUCUACCUGUACCGGCGCCGGGCGGGAAUGGGGGUGCAGGAAGCAGCGCCGGGAGCUCAGCAGCGAGUCCCAAGUGGACUCCAGCGACCGUCUCGUGGCUCAGCCCAGGCUCGGCGGGGAAUGGGUACGGGGGCGGAGACGGGUUCCCCAGCAGUCUGGGUGGUGUGGCGAGCACGUGGGGGUCAGUGUGA